GAAACCUAUUUAAAAUCAUUAAGUUAUAGAUUAAUAUAAUGAACACGCUUUAAAUCAAAGCUAUGAAACGAUUUGAAAAUGGCAAAGGAUUAAAUGUCAAUAGGGGACCAUUUUGGAGGCAGUUGGUCUGGAAGUGUUUGCGGCUUUUUUUAGUAGCUAGUGAUGUCAAUAGCGCUCACCAACGUGAAGUAGACGGAGAUGUAAAUUUUGCCCAGUUUUACUUCUAUCCGAACCAGUGGCCUCAAAGCAAUGAGGAUGCUAUUUUGCUUUCUGAUAAUAUUUUUCAGGAUUAUUUAAAUGCUUGGUUUCAGUGGGUUGUUCUUAAACUCGUUCAAACUUCUUUUAUUAUCUAUGUAAUUUCGAUAUUUUUGGGCUGACUUUGGUUCUCACCUUGUAGUGGGGGUGAACCCGAUUCAUGAAUUGUAUGAAAUUGAACAAACAGAAGGGAAGCUACUAAUGUGUAUCUCAAAA